UGAAUCUGUCCCUCCUCCAUCAACUGGCCACUUGAAUCAACAACAUUACUACGACGUUCGAACUCGACUCGACAUUAUGGCUGAACUCACGACAGACCAGGUCAGAUCUUUGGAUCAAACACGUCAAAGACUUCUAGCUCUCCACAAGUCAUUGGUUGCUUUGGGAUCAGAGCUUGUGACCCAAAACCAACUCCCUUCCUGGCCAGCCCUUCAACUGCAUGCAAACCUCGUCUCCAACAAUCUACAAACCAUUGUUUCUCAGCUAGCAGAGCACCGAGACACAUAUCAAUCCACCGUUGCGUUUCCCACCCCCAAAUUUCCGGGUACCCAACGAGCCUUCAUUCUCGAGACUCUCCUUCGAACAAAGCUAGAACCCAACGUGGAAGAUUGGGUCGAGGAAGGCGAGAACAUCAGUGCACAACAGCGCAAAGCCACGUUUCUAGGGCUGUCGGACGACGACCGUAACGCUCUUUGGCAAUGGGCUCCGGGGGCAGCAAAUGGUGCAGCUCGGAAGCAGAAAUGGGGUGCAGAUUUCACUCUAGAGGAAAAACAGAAAGGCGUAGAGAACGUGGCCACGGGACUUCGCAGGCAACUGAUCGAACCUCCCGAUGAUGAGGGCGAUGAAGGACCUGAAGAGGAGGAAGAGGAGUAUGAGGUCAGCGACGAGGAGGAUGAAGAUGAGGAGGCAGACAAAAUGGACAUUGAGAAACAACCACCAAAGUCCGAGGCCAGCCCAGCUUCUACAGACACCAGAUCCGCUUUGCCGACCGCAGGCCAGAUGAACCUGGAAACGCUCCACAAAUUCAUGACCACUGGACGGUGACCGCUGCUCUGACAGUAUUAAAGGUACACCCAGAAUCAAGACACGAUGCUUGUCCAACUGGAGAACCCGACCUUGCGUCCCACCCCAGGCUCAGUCGCUCCCUGCCCUUGCGCGCCUAUGGUCGAAUCGUGCAACCAGAGGAAAUUCACCCACUCGCUGUCAUCCAUGCCGAGAAUCAUAUCUCUAUGCACUCUCCAUUCCACGGUCACAUUGACACUCGACAAGGACGAUCUGAGCGCCUGCUCAAAGCCGUUUCUCUCAAUCUCAGUGAUCUGCGUUGCAACAGACACACUGGACUCGAUGACAAUGGUUAAUUUCCGAAGGGAUUGGAGGAAAGCCAGGCCCUCAGUGACCCACGUUGCCGCACAGGCGAACGCAGUUGCAGGACAAUCUUGAGAAAAGGGAGCGACGCUCAGUAUGUGCAGCAACCCCACCAUCGAGUCCGCCUGCGCCAACAGCAGAUCUCGUGUGGUGAUAUGGACUGUCAGUUCUGUCAAGCGGCUAUCGCUGGUCGCGUUGUCCAAGUCCUUUCCAAGUGUUUGGCCGACUUUCCCUUCCUCACCCCCGCCGAUUUCAAUAUCUGCACCACCGCCGCUCUGCUCCAAGCCGCAGUCAACCCCUGUCUCCGUGGCGCCGGCUAUUGACCUGAGAAUCGACCUCAAGGACCAUGCUUCCGUCACACUCGCAAGCAGGUGCAGCUCCAGCUCUCGGAUUGCUCGUCGUUGAAAUGGCUUCAGUGCGUCCAAGAAACGCUUUGUUGCCGAGGUGUUCGAUCCCAUGGUUGCUGGACAUUUGACGCAGUUGACUUGGAGAGGCAUCAGACGUGUCUCCCAGUAAAGUUGGCGGCAGAGAAGAAGCGGCUGCAUAAUGUUAUUGUUUGCGGCGUGGGUGCUCGACUUGCCACUUGAGACCUUGUAUUGGUCUCCCACCAUGCCGAGAAGCCUUGAGGGAGAGCACGCUUGUUGGGGUGGGAAGUUCUCAGACGAGUCCAUGAACACAUACUGGAACACCUUCUGCCUGAGCUCAGACGGGAGACUGAGGAGCGGUGACAACAACAACGCUCCGGCUGCCGUCCAAGCUGUGUUGUCAUCCUUCAUCUGACGUUGCUGUUCACGAUGAAAUUGCUCAUUCUUUCCACUAGCUGGCGGUUGGUCUUGAACAUGCGCAAGCAUCGACUCGUCUGAAUCAUGAACCAUCUUGCUGAGCUGGAGGCUUUCGGCCAACGUGAACCUUUGUGACUCUUCGUGGGUUGGAGUCACGGGAGACAAGAGGACUAGGAUGGGAGCUGAAGACAGGACGCUCAGCAAGAUAGAGGACGACUAUCUGGCACCAAAGGCGAAAACCAAGCAAUCAAUUCGCCAGAUACUAUAGAAGAGUGAGUGAGAAUGGCAGGACUCGGCACACCGCAUCCUUUUACUUUCCAAGAUGGCAGUACAAUGCGAGGUUGAUUUCAGGCAGAGCAUCGGUUGCUAUGUGGGUGGGUCGCAACACUGACCGGCUUGUACACCAUAUUCACCUCGGCUGCAUUGCGGGUUCCUCCACAAUUGUAUGGGAUGUUCUCAGCGCUGUAUCUCUGGAACAGGGACUGUAUAUUGCAGCAGCGGAGGACGGCGAACUGGAGCACUUAGUCAUGGCAAGCGAGAUCCUGGGCAGUCGACAGCUUGACUGAUCCUGACGAAGACGGAGAAAGGGUGGAGGCGUAUAGCUUCUACAGGCAGGUGGAGAGAGCGUGAGAUUUGCCUGGGAACGAGGCUGUGUGGAUGAGGCACAUGGAGGUGACUACAUCGUAUCCUCUGGCUAUAUUGAGUAUAACAUUUGUAUUCUACUACAUCCGUUCGGUACCUACGAACCGAUUCGCCAGACGGUGGAAAGGUCGCCGCCGCCCCUUGGACGUAAUUAGACUCGACCAGGUGCGAGCAGCACUUGCCUUACAUCAGCUUACUGGUUACGGUCACAGUUUGACUGCGACACACACCGUUAUAUGACAUCGGGAAGAUGAGGCUUUUACACGGGACCAGACUAUAAU